AUGCGGCGUUCAAUUUGUGGUUCCCCGCCAUGCAUGCAUAUGUACGUGUCCCUCUUUCUAGUCCUGUACAUGCCUGCAGACUCGACAUGCCUGCAAGACGGGAUUCCCGAAGAACGUCGCAAGAACUUGGUAAACCAAUUCACCGGAGAAAGCUAUCCGCUUGGCAUGCAUCGACAUAACUGGCCAGCAGCGUUUGCUACAUCCGCCCUUGCUCGCAUUCUUAUUGAAGAGAAGUUCGGUUACCAUGUCAAUGUCAUCGCAACCGGAUUGUCUACAGUGGAUGGCAUUUAUGCCUUGACAGGCUGCAGCACACCAUUGAAUAUCAAAGACCGUGGAUGCGCUGAUAGCAUCAACGUGACUUACACUCAUGUGGCAAUGGAAUCCUGGCUGUCGUCGUGGCAGAAUGCUUGGGAUGUCAUUCAGGAGGAAUAUCCUGCCACAGCUCCUCGCAGUCUUGGCAGCAUGGGUUAUGAUGGACGAGUUUCUUUGUUCAUCAGCCAGACAGUCCGAGAGACAGCCUGGGAGGGUGAAGGUCUCAGUUUAGAGUUCUACCGUAGCUACAACGUGACCUGGCACAACGCUGCAAGAUACUUUGACGGACCACAGUCUCUGAAUACCUCUUUGCUCAAGCGUUGUAAUGAGACACGUCUCAUGCUUUCCAUAGACAUGAAAUUAUACUUAGAAAUCACUGGCGACUGGGAUGGAGUCGAUGUGGUGAACGAGACUGUCUUGGGGAAGUGCUUUGAUGAAUACUUUUGGUACCCUCCCUCAUGCCGCCACGAUCCUACCAAGUGCUUCAUUUACAUCACCGGUGGGAAUGGCUGGGAGAUCGACACUGCCAUGCAAAAGGCCACUCUGUGGAACAUGCCAAUGGCAAGUGCUGUUGCUGUCGAUUGGCGCUCCUUUACUCAAUUGCCGCUUCACCAUCAUGCCUUGUUCUAUUGGUGGCUGCCAGAUCCCACCUUCUUAUCAUUGUCCCCAAUUGAGGUGGCCUUCCCUGCCUUUGAUCGACAGGCUUUUGAGCGGGGUGAUAAGCGCAACGCCGUCACCAGCGAAUCCGUGGAGAUCCUGGUGAGUCAGGACCUGCAAUUGUUGGCGCCUUAUGUUUACAGCUUCUUGGAUUCCUGGGACAUGUCAGUCAAAGAUGUGAACAAGAUCCUGGAGGAUCAGAUGCAAAGCAACGCUGAUUGGCGUGAAGUGGCCUGUCGAUGGCUCUUAGGCCACGAAAAUAUCUGGAAGAAGUGGUUGCCCUACAGCACCCAGUGCCUUCAGCAGUUUGGGCUGUACAACAUUGUCUUGGACAAAUUUGUAGACAAUCGCGACGACCCAAGUGAUUUGACCUGUCGCGCAUGCCCUUCAGGCACAUAUUCAAAAGAAUUUGUGGACGAUGUUGGAACAACUUGGAUCUGUGUUCAAUGUCCACUUGGAAGUGCGCAACCUUAUGGAGCAUCUCUGGCAUGUGAACCCUGCAGCUUCGGAACCUACCAGGAUGAGCUAGGAUCGGUGGCCUGCAAGCGUUGCGCCAUUGGGGACUACCAAGACGAAAGGGGCCAAGGUGCUUGCAAGUCAUGCCCGCCGGGCACGACCACAUUAGGCUUUGGAUCGGUGAUCCGAAGUGAUCGCGGCUGCAAGCAGGGCCACAUCAACAUCGACCCUUCAGGAGGCUUGCAUUGCAUGGAGUGCGGCGAAGGUUUGCUGUGCCCCAUCAUGUCUCAUUUGGAUGCCUUGAAGUCUGGCGAAAGCCUUCUUGGAUCAGAAUUUACGCCAGAAAUCCAGGAAGGAUAUUUCAGCACAGAAUCGUCUCCAAUGGAGGUGUACAGAUGCUUUGGCAAUCAUUGUCCUGGCGGGUUCCCGGGAACUUGCAGCGGGGGAGCUGAAGGCCCCACUUGUGACCACUGCCCACCAAAGAUGUACAUGGCUUCCGGCAAGUGUACGACGUGCGGAGCAUACCAGGCAGCAGAAUGGAUUGUGGGCCCCAUGGUCUUCUUGCCAGGCUUGAUGACCAGCUACUACAUGACGGAGAAACGCUACUUUGUUCAAGCAUCGCUCUUUGAGUCUGGAAAACUCGUCAUGGAGUUGAUGCUGAACUCUUUGCAAAACUUGGGGAUUUUGAGUUUCGUCACCGUGCCGUGGCCGGUUGUCUUGCAAAAUGUGUUUGAAUUUUCGAGCAUCUUCGUGCUCAACAUGAAGUCUUUAGGAAUUAACUGUGCGGUAAACACUGAUCUUAACAAAUACAUCCUUGCUGCCGGAUUUUUUGCCAGCAUUGUGAUCCUGAUGCCAUGCUUGGGCUGCAUCACGCACUUCCUACCCAGCUUGACAGAGCGUGGCUGGAACUGGACCUACUACGGGACAAUCUGUGCGAUCGGAAAAAUCUUUUCAUCACUGUUUGUGACCAUGUGCAAUAUCGGCCUUAUCCCCUUCAUAUGCUUGUCCCACCCGAAUGACCGCUAUAGCAUCUUGAACUACCCGAAUACAUUGUGUGGCACAGUGGAGCACUCAACCAUGCAGUGGGUGGGCAUGCUGGUGUUGGCUUUGAGCCUGACGCACGUGAUUUUGUGCGCUUGGGCACUGCAUCAUGCUCCUGCUUGGUCAUUGAAGUCGCCACGGCGACUUAUGAGUAUCGGCUUCUUGCUGGUCAAUUACCGACCAUCUUGCUGGUGGUUUGGUAUGGUCAUUCUUAUCAGGGGGCCUUUGCUGUCCAUGGGUCAGGUCGUGGCCCCCAGUGUAGGUGCAGUGCAACUCCUGUCGAUGAGUUGUGUCACUCUGUCUUCCCUCUGUUUGCAAACGUGGUUCCUUCCUUGGAAGGUUCCCUUAGUGAACCUUGUGGAUACAGUUUCAACCAGCUUGUUUCUGAUGUUGCUUGGAGUGGCAUUGCACCUGACGCCUCCAACUUCUUCCCGUUCCUACCUGGACGCGAUUGGAACUGUCCUCUACUACCUGAGUGUUGGGAUCAUCCUCGUUGUCGCCCUCCUCUGCUUCAUGCUGGUGAUCUGGGACUAUUGCCUGAAGAGAACUUCACAUUUACGGUUCAUGAACUUGCGACGGCUGCCCAACUCUGAGAGGCUGCUCUGUGGAUUAGAAGGAGUCGCUAGCAAUCUAGCAGGUUGGACGGCUCGAGAAAAGGGUUUGCUGAUCAGGACGAUGUCGUCGACAUUGUCGGUCUAUGACCUUUUGGUUGUGGAACAGGCAUUGGAACUGCUGUCCAUCGACUGUGGCUUAUGCCCCGAUUUCCAUUCUUUAGAGAACCGAAUUGCUUCGAAGAGAGACGCAAGGCGGUUGUCACGGCUGUCGUCACGGCUGUCACCGGAACUAGCUGUUGUCACGGAGCCGCUCGAAUCAAGCGAUCUUGGUGACCAAUGUGUCUGUGAACCCAAGGAAGAUUGGGAGAGUGCCGCAGAAAGCAGCUCUGAGCAUGUGAGAAAAGAUGCUUCAGAUCUUUUUUACUCUGAGCAUGUGAUUGUAAGUGAAGCUUAUUGA